UGUCAUUGUCGUUUUCCUUGGGAUAAUGUAAUGUCAUUUAGUAAAAUUUUGUGUUUUGCUUAUGGUUUUUGAUAUUUGUGAUUGCUUUACAAAUUUGUUAUUGUUUGGUUUCAUGAUUCGGAAGCUAAUCAAUGAAAUAUUGUAUUCACGAUCGAGAUCUAAAUAAAUAAAUAGAAUAUAACAGUUCGUAAUCAAAUAAAAAAUGGCUAUGCAGUGUCAACUUUGGAUGGGCAGUUUGGAGCCCAAUAUGACAGAGAGCUUCAUAAUGGCUGCAUUUCAUCGCAUGGGACAGAGGCCACUUGCAGUUAAGGUGAUGAGGAACAAAUUUACUGGCGAACCAGCUGGCUAUGCCUUUGUCCAUUUCCAGACUGAUGAAGAAGCAAUAGAUGCAAUGCACAAACUGAAUGGUAAACCUAUUCCCGGUACAUUUCCCGUUGUAAGGUUCAGACUCAAUACAGCAUCUAGAGAGGCACGUGCCAAUAUACAACAGGAGCGGGAGUUUUCUGUAUGGGUAGGAGAUCUAAGUCCUGAUGUUGAUGAUUACUCGCUUUAUAGGGUAUUCGCUUCGAAAUACUCUUCAAUUAAGACUGCCAAAGUAAUAUUAGAUGCAUCAGGCUACACAAAAGGCUAUGGGUUUGUCAGGUUUGGCAAUGAAGAGGAACAGCGCAACGCUUUAUACGCCAUGAAUGGAUAUACAGGCCUUGGUAACAAGCCACUUAAAAUCUGCACAGCAGUGCCAAAGCCUAAAGGAGCGAUGGCUUCACAAACUCAACCAACGGCAACAGCAACAAAUGCUUCGUAUAACAGCGGAACGGAGUACAACCAAUAUUAUGAUCCGUCAGCCUAUUGGCAAAAUUACUCAGCGUGGUCUGGAUACUAUGGGCAGGGCGACCAGAGUGCCGUAGCGGCGCAGACAGCAACCCCGGUCGAAGCUACACCGGCCAACGCCGCAAAACCGCCAACUGAUGAUUUGGCACUUGUUGAACACAAGAAAAUCAUAGACGUGGAUCAAAUGAAUCAAGAGUUUCUUGAUCCAGAUCUAUCCCUGUGGGACAGUCUGGAGUCGUCCCAGUGGUUGCCUCACGAAUGCAUCGAGGCAUGUUGAUAUGAAUGCUAAUGUAAUUUAGUCUAUAAGCAAUUAUGUAAAUAUAUAAUUUUUAAAUUUUA